CGGCGCGGCCGAGAGCGGCCUCCGCGCCCGCAAGGAGGAGGACGCGUUCCUGGGCGAGCAGGACACGGGUGAGGGGCGGCGGCAGAGCCCGCCCGCGGCCCCCGGCACUCCCCGGCCCCCGGCCCCGAGCCCGGAGCGGGGCUCCCCGGGCUCCCGCUGUCCCCGUGCCCCGGGCCCGCGUUCACCAUGAGGGACGGAAGGCAGCCAGAGAUCCCAGGGUUCGKCACAGAACAUCCCAGGGCAGCCUGGAUGCUCCUGGCCUCCUUGGAUGCUCCUUGAGCAUCCCUCCAGCCUGGGGUGCUCCUUGCACAUCCUUCUAUGUGGGAUGCUCCAUCCCUCCGGUGCUUACCUGGAAUAAAGUCAGACCCAGACUCCUUCCUGAAGUCUGCGCGUCUGCAGCGCCUGCCCUCGUCCUCCUCAGAGAUGGGCAGCCAGGACAUAUCCCCRCUCCAGGAGACCAGCAAGGACCCCUUCUUGGGAGACUGCAGCUGCCGGCAGGAUGGGCUGACUGUCAUCAUCACCGCCUGCCUCACUUUCGCCACUGGCGUCACUGUGGCCCUCAUCAUGCAGAUCUAUUUUGGGGACCCUCAGCUGUUCCACCGUGGCGCUGUGGUGACGGAUGCUGAGCGCUGCACUGCACUGGGCACCGAAGUGCUGGCCAGGCAUGGCUCCUCAGUGGACGCAGCCAUCGCUUCAGCCCUCUGCGCAGGCAUCGUCAACCCCCACACCUCGGGGCUGGGAGGGGGCGGGGUGAUGCUGGUCCAUGACAUCCGCAAGAACAGGAGCUGGGUGAUCGACUUCCGUGAGGUGGCUCCCCUGGGCAUCCCGCUGGACAGGGACCUGCAGCAGGACACCAAGCCAGGUCUGCUUGUGGGGGUGCCAGGCAUGAUCCAAGGAAUGCACCAGGCACACCAGUUACACGGCAGGCUCCCGUGGUCUGAGCUGCUGGGCCUCACAGCUGGCGUYGCCCAGAAUGGCUUUAAUGUCACACAUGACCUGGCCAAAGCCCUGGGUGAACUGAAGGACCUGAACUACUCGGACCGGUUCCGGGAGAUCUUCCUGCCAGAUGGGCAGCCCCUGCUGCCUGGGAUGUUCAUCCGGCGCCUGGACCUCGCAGCUGUGCUGCAGCUGCUGGGGGCAGAAGGGGUGUCAGCCUUCUACAGCGGAAACUUGACCCAGGAGAUGAUCUCCGAGGUCCACAGCUACGGAGGAGUCUUGGUGGAGGAAGAUUUCAGAAAUUACAGUGUCACUGUGGAGGAUCCCGUGCAUACAAUCUAUCGAGGUCACCUCGUUUUCACCCCCCCACCYCCACAUGCAGGUCCUGCCCUGAUCACAGCACUGAACAUCCUCGAGGGCUUUAAUAUCACUAGUCAAGGAUCCAGAGGGAAUAUCUUGCACUGGAUGGCUGAGACAUUAGAAAUAGCCUUGAGUCUGGCGAGCAACCUGGGCGACCCAUCAGGUGACGUGUCUGUCACUCACACAGCAGAAGGCAUGGUGAGUAAAUCAGAAGCCAAUUCCCUGCGCCAGCUGAUCAAUGACUCCCAGUUGUUCCCGUCCGAUCUCCACGUGCCUCAUGUUCCCCUGGAGAGCAGGGCCACCGCCAGCCAGGUCCUUGUCAUGGGCCCUGAUGACUUCAUUGUCACCGUGGUGAGUUCUUUGAAUUGUCCCUUUGGCAGUGGAAUAAUAACACCCUCUGGAAUCCUCCUGAACAGCCAGAUGUUGGACUUCUCCUGGCAAAAUACAACAAUGAACCAUUCCAUUCCCAGGCCGCAGAACCUGCUCCAGCCUGGGAAGCGGCCGCGGUCCUUCCUGCUGCCCACCAUCGUGAGGCCRUCCGAGGGCAUGUGUGGUACUUACCUGUGCCUGGGAGCCAACAAUGGGGACAGAGCCCUGAGCAGCAUCGUCCAGGUUUUGGUAAAUGUUUUAACAUUUAACAAGAAUCUGAGUGAAAGUUUGUCACUUGGUCGACUUCAUCCACAGCUUCAGUCCAACAUCUUGCAGGUUGACAGUGAGUUUCCUGAAGAAGAUAUUGCAUCUCUUGUGGCCAGGGGCCAUCAGGUGAAUAAAGUCCCAGUGGUGUCCCUGGUUUACGGGGCCAGGAGAACCAACAGUUUCAUCAUCGGCCUGAAGGACCCCAGGAGUGCAGAUGCUGCUGGAGCCACRAUCUUGUAGCACCUCCCAGGGGCCAUGUUCUGUGACCAAGGCUGCCACACAACCCCUGUGAUGUGCAUGUCCUGAGUGGCCCCUUYUCCAGCCUCACACACUGCUGGGAAGAUGUUCUGCACUCCCCACCCCGAGAGCACCAGAGGAGUCGGCCGCACCAACAUCCAGCUCUCUGAGCUUGUUUUUCUUUUAUUUUUCAAUUAUUUGGAUUGCAAGCAGCCCAGUCAUUGUUACAGGAGUGGCAGGAGCACACUUUUCUUUUGGCAACCUUGCUAAUAGUUCAGUCUUUCCAAAGCCCAGUUCUGGCCAGCGUCUUAAUUUUAGGGAGCAGGAACAUGAGCAAGGCAAAAAACCAGCUGCUGCUGAUGAUGUUAUUAUUGAUGAUAAUUAUCUUCAUCUCCCUGUCUUUCCCAAGUUCCUUCUUUGCCUCCAGUGUAAGCCAGUAAUUAAUACAGCCUAAUGCAGUGUGUUAUAGGUGCCUGCAGCUGGGUUACUGGGGAGUCCUCUGAUACUGCAUCUGGGCCAGCUGACUUUUACCRAUAUGCAGCCUCCCAGGGAAGUUCCUGUGCUCACAUCACCACAUUGAAUUUUGGCAGUGAGUAUUUUGAAUCCAGUUGCUGCACAGAGUCACUGGCAGUCUGAUUUUGUAACCAGAGCAAUGGUUUUCAACAGCUCUAACAAUGUCUUCCUCCAAAACCUCCAGUGCACCCCCCAGUAGUUCUCUUAGAGAGGUUCAGCCUCCUCAGUGGUGAAUUUCAGCUUAAUGGUAACUUUCUUAGGCACUUCUUGGAGAUAUCUUAGCAGUACUCCCCAGACUUGUGAAAAACCAUAGGCCACGACUGCAGACCAUGUGGAGAGCAUUUGGGUGGGUUCAGAGCUUUCCACUGCCUUAUCUUAGUCUGCUCUGAAAGCCCGGAUUAUUCCUACAGAGAAGCUUGGCAAUUUCUGCUGACUGAAUUCAUGGUAUACCUUAUCUCCAUGUUUUGRUACUAGUGAAUCUAUUGGAAAAGCUGGAGAGAGUAAGAGAAAAGAUACAAACCAAACCAAACACUACUGAGAUCAUUCUCUGUCCACAGCAUGUAGUGAAAAUAAAAGAAUGCUCCUGCAUUUCAUGUCUGAAAUUGAGAAAGAAAGAAUACCCCAGCUGACAGCUGCACCACUUCAGUCAGCCCACAUUUGGACAUUUCCUGCUCUUUUUGCUGGCAAGUUAGAGACACCUGGCACUAAAUAAUUCUUGAGUCUGAUCAUUUUCUGCAGUGUAAAYGUGAUGUUUUACUUCAUGGUGAAAAUGCACCCAUGGCCACUGUACAUAUUAUAUAUGUAUGUCUGCUUAUGCUUGUCCUGCUCUUUGAUUUGAUGAUCUCACCACUCACCUUGACCUUCCUCCCUGUGACACCUUGUUUGUGCCACCCUCUGGCACUCGAUGCCAUGGGGAGCAUAUGGUUCAUUUUGGGGCAGUCAGGAUCACAGGGCAGAUUAUCAGAUCACUUGUUGCUGCCACCCGAGAGCUGUGGGUCUCAGAACACCCCAGUGUUGGGCUGUGUGAGGACAGAGRUGUGUUCAUGCUCUGAUGAGCUCAGCAGCCCCCACUAACAGCACCAUCAGUGGCAUUUCCUGCUCCAAGUGUAUCCAUGCCCUCAGCUGGGACAGGGAAAGCAUGAUACUGUAUUUGGGAUGUGUCCUGUGCCACCAAGAAGAGACUUUCUUCACCAGAGGGACAUCAGAUCUAUUUAUUUUUCUGUCAUCAGUUGGUCACUGCCAAAGAUAGAGAGCUGAGAAAUGUGUCUUGGAGUUGACCUCUCCAAGCUCCAUGGARGGGGAGGAGGCAGUUUUGUGUGUUGAACCUCCCUGGAGGAGAYCUGGGGGUUUCUGGUCUGUCCCUGCCCAAAUCUGUCCCUCGGGAGAUUCACUAUGAACUAUUAAAAAUAUCGUGGUCAAGUCACUG